GAGAGGGGACGGCGAGACGAAGCGAGGCGAGGCGAAACGAGGCGAGACUGCGAGAGAGAUGAAACCGCGACGACCGAGCCGACACGCGUGCUCCGUUCAAGUCAGGUGCGGCAGCGAGAACCUUUCCUAUGACGUGGAUUUCGAGCCUUCUGAAUCGUAGUCGCCACCGCAGUGUACCGGGUGUCCUCAGUCAAGGCAGUCGCGUGAUAUCACUGGGAAACGCGCCGCGAGCGAAUGCACGAAUUUGUCGUUGCGAUAAAAAGAUUGCAUAAAACGUUUCCAACGAGAAUCGUGCUAGGCUACUCAAAGUCUUCGGCUAUAACAAUCUGCGCGAACUCGUUGUUGGACGAGCGACUCGACGGUGCGUGCAUGCCGAAUUCGGCGCGUUUGACUUUCCGUGAAUCAUCCAAGAUUGUCCCGAGGGUCCUUAUGGUAACCGGAAGACAAAGCGGUUAUCUUCCCACCGAGUUCCAAGGGCUGAAGGGCUGGCGACGUCGUUGGAUUCAUUCGGCUAUUACCUAUAUUUAGAGAGAAAGAGAGAGAGCAUGAUUAGCACAAAGGAUGCCAUCCUAGAAGGAAUUGAGACGGAAUGCGAGAGCGACUGCAAAAAAGAGAGAAAUAAUGAUGGCGGAAAGCACGAUAACAAUAACGAUCAAAAUGGUUACCGCAAUCGUUCCUCGAGUAUUGCGAGUGUCAGGAAGGAAGAUCCGUACUUGGCGAAGAGAAGCGGUCAGAGCAACUGCGGCGGCCGGCAACCGCGUAGUGCUCCGUUGGUUAGCUGGCAUAACGGAAGUCCUACGAUACGUUUGAGUUCCCUUCGACGACAAAGCGUCGUCGAUCGUUUAUCCGACAACGUGCACUCACCGUCGAAAAGUUGUAAUAUACGCGAAAUCUGCAAUCUGGAUUUGACCGACGACAGGGCUGAGGGAUCGAUAGACGCAAUCGAGUCGCUCGAGCUGGUCGAAACGAUCGAACGCGGCCGGCCGACGAGUGGUGCUCGCAGUAGCGUUGCCACGAACGUGACUCGUCGUCGUGAGAUUGGCAGCGAGGGCGAGGAAUACGCGGUGACAGCGGCGACAGCGGCGACAGCGGCGGUAGUCACCGACAAGAUAAAAGGUACAAGGACGAAUGAAGGACGAGUCAAGGAUUCCAUCGAUUCCUUGAGCAUCUCGGAGCGAGAGGAUUCGUUGAGUUUUAUCAGAGAGAGAGGAGUGGCAAGGGACGACGGAAGGGACGAUGGGAAGAAAGCAAAAGUGCCUGACGGCGGUUGGGGCUGGGUGGUCGUUCUGGCUUCCCUAGUCAUCUCCAUGAUAGCCGACGGCGUCUCCUUCAGCUUCGGUCUGCUUUAUAUCGAGUUUCUUCACGAAUUUGGCGCCUCAAAGUCCAAGACCGCUUGGAUCGGCUCGCUCUUCAUGGCGGUGCCUCUUCUAUCUGGACCGAUCAUGUCCGCUCUCGUCGACCGUUACGGAUGCAGAAACAUGACCAUUGCUGGCGGUCUGAUAUCAGGCUUCGGCUUCAUCCUCAGUAUUUUCAGUAACACCAUCGAGAUAAUGUACUUAACAUUCGGCGUGAUCGCGGGUCUCGGUCUAGGUAUGUGCUACGUCACCGCGGUUGUCAGCAUCGCCUUUUGGUUCGAUAAGAAACGAACCCUAGCCGUCGGCCUCGGCGCGUGCGGCACCGGUAUCGGUACGUUUGUCUACGCUCCGAUGACAACGUAUUUUAUCGAGGAGUACGGUUGGCGAGGCGCUUGUUUACUCUUAGCUGGCACUUUUUUUAAUAUGAUUGUCGCGGGUACCGUUAUGAGAGAUCCGGAAUGGUGGAUUCUCGAGCAACGUAAGCAGGAUCAAGCUCUGCUCGCGAAGAAGUCGCAUGGCCGCUCGGACGGAAGUUCGUCGGAUGAGUUUCCAGGUGUCGAGGAACUCCGAAAGCUGCUUAGAAGCGACCACGCGCCUCAAUACUUUUUACAAAAUCUAAGCACGAGCACCAAAGCGGUCGAUGGCGGCAAGAGGCAAACGACGAGUGUAGUUAAUCUACCAACUUUUGUAAAGCGAAGCGAAAAGGUGCCUUUGGAAGUACUGGAGUUAUUACUGUCCAAUUCUAGACUGUACACCGUCAUACUGGAGAAUUAUCCCAGCCUUCUGUUGUGUAGAAGUUCGUCCGACAAGCAGCUGCAAGACUCGACGGGAGAGAUUUGUAAUAAAAGCAGCGUCACUAUGUCAAUGAGGCUUAAACGAGCAACGGAAUCGAAAGAGAUGACCGAACAAAGAAAAGAUUCAACUUCCGUUCACGUCCCGACGAAACUCGUUUGCGCUAGAAAAAUGUCCAAGAAGGAGAGAGAGGAAACUAAUCCCUUGCUAUCAAAGGAGGUCACGCAUACGGUCGUACCGAGCGAAAAAAGGAAAUCCCUGUCUAGACGGUACGUCGAGCCAGAGGCGAAUUCUGUCAUCAGGACGGACUCCGUACCUUGGCUCAGACGACAGUUCAGCACUAACACUCAUUAUUUCAAGGAUAUCAGAGUGCACAGAAAUUCCGUUAUGUAUCGCGGUGCUGCUUUAAAUUUGCACAAAUACAGAUUGAGAGCGAGCAGUUGUCCCGAUAUCUAUAGAAAUAGUAUGACCACGUUGGCUAAAGAGAACGAGCAGAAAUGGUACACCGAGCUGGUAGACUUAUUAAAGGGCAUGUUGAAUUUCUCCAUGUUUCUCGAAUUUCAUUUCCUGCUGAUGUCAUUGUCGACGAUAUUGCUAUUUACAUGGUUCAUCGUCCCGUACUUUUAUCUGGCGGAACAUCUAACUAGAAACGGUUACGCCGAGUCCGAUGCCGCCAAUCUCCUCAGCAUCAUCGGUAUAACCAAUACCAUCGGAAUGGUUGGUUUAGGUUGGGCUGGCGACCAACCCUGGAUGAACGUCAGCAAAACGUAUACUUGGUGCCUGAUAGCUUGUGGAGUGGCUACAAUAUUGAUGUCCGUGUUCACUAAUCAUUACGUACUCCUGUCGACAAGCUCAGCAGCUUUUGGUCUUUUCUUUGCCAGCACUUUUAGUUUCACUCCCGUUAUAUUAGUAGAAUUGAUUCCUUUGGAAAGAUUCACUACUGCUUAUGGUCUUAGUUUAUUGUGUCAAGGAAUCGGGAAUCUUUUGGGACCUCCGCUAGCUGGGUGGUUGUUCGAUGUAACAGGUUCUUGGGAGCUUUCUUUCCUUAUGGCUGGCGGUUGGAUCAUUGUCUCUGGAAUCUUGGUAGGUAUUAUACCAUAUACGAGAAAUCGUAAGAUUUUCGGUAAUGGACCAAUCGAGAUGGAACGAACAAAUGACGAUGAUUGUUUGGCAUAGAGAACAAAAUGUACUCAUUGCGCUUAUAUAAAUAUAUAUUAUGUACGCGCACAAAUUUAUGAAUACGCAAUUAAAAAAAAAAUGUUUAUGUGUCAAUCGAAUAAAUGUCAUCGUAUUUUACGAUGAGUGAUGCGCGAUUAAUGUAAUGAACAAAUUUUUAAUUUCCUAUUAGUCGCGAGAGUUCAUUUAUGGGUACGCCUGGCAUUUUUUCCUCGCCUGUACUUAAUUUGAUCGUAUUAUUAAAUUCUAUAUAAUAAUAAUAAUACGAUAGUUUCAAACCUACUAAUUCGUAUGUAACACGCGCGCACCCAUGCACGCACGACAUUUACAAACAAAUUUACAAAUCUUCUUAAAGCAUAAACUUUUGCAUAAACAAAUUAUAUAUGACAGAUUUAAUUUUAAAAAAUUAGAUUGAAAAAAAAAAAAAAA